GACACUCGGGGCACAGGAGGGCUGGCAAGGAGGAAGGUCCGGCCGUGUCACUCCGGGUUGGCUCCUGAGUCUGGGGCUUCGGAUGUGGCUCCGGGGUCAGGGCUUCUGGGGUCCUGGAUGCUGAUUGGGCCCGGGCGCGGGGCGGGCCCAGGACGGGCACAGCCGGGCCUCCCUGGCCGCAGUGCCCAGUUGUCCGCUUUACCCAUGGUGGCGGCCCGGACCGGAGGAGCCACCGCGCUGCCGGGGACGGCGACGGGCUGAGGGCGCCCGGCUCCGGAGCGGGGCUGCGUGGGUGUCGCGGGUGGGUGGGCUCUGGGCGGUGCGCGGCGCUUAGCCCCUCCCCCGGAGGAGGCGGGAGAGCCGCCGAGCCUGGCCGCGGGCUGGGCCCGCCGCAGCUCCCGCCGGCCGGCUCGCUCCUGCGGCCCCCAGCCAGGCGGCCCGCCCUGGCCGCGCCCAGCUCCCGACAUGCCGCCCGCGGGGCUCCGCGGGGCCGCGCCGCUCGCCGCGAUCGCCCUCCUGGCGCUGGGCACUCCCCUGGCGCUGGCCGGCGAGGACUGCCUGUGGUACCUGGACCGAAACGGCUCCUGGCAUCCGGGCUUCGACUGCGAGUUCUUCACCUUCUGCUGCGGGACCUGCUACCAGCGGUUUUGCUGCCGGGACCUGACCUUGCUCAUCACAGAGCGGCAGCAGAAGCACUGCCUGGCCUUCAGGAGUUGGAGGGCGAGGGACUGGUUCUCUGUCUCAAGCCCUAAGACCAUAGCUGGCAUCGCCUCGGCCGUGAUCCUCUUCGUUGCUGUGGUUGCCACCACCAUCUGCUGCUUCCUCUGCUCCUGUUGCUACCUGUACCGCCGCCGCCAGCAGCUCCAGAGCCCAUUUGAAGGCCAGGAGAUUCCAAUGACCGGCAUCCCCGUGCAGCCAGUGUACCCGUACCCCCAGGACCCCAAAGCUGGCCCUGCAGCCCCGCAGCCUGGCUUCAUGUACCCCCCUAGUGGGCCUGCUCCCCAGUAUCCACUCUACCCGGCCGGGCCCCCCAUCUACAACCCCGCAGCUCCUCCCCCCUAUAUGCCGCCACAGCCCUCUUACCCAGGAGCCUGAGGACCCAGCGUGUCUCUGCCGCACCCCCGCGAUGCCAGCCUUGGGAAGUGCCACGUCCUGCGCCGGCAUCUGGCAUCCGCCCUGGGCAUGGGCAGGGGUCUUCAAGUCUCCAGGCCCCAGACCAAGCCCUGAACCCUACUGGGGAUGGAGCCCCAGGGAAGUGGAACAGGAGCUGUGUGGGAACUAGGCCAUGAUGAGGGGGUGGGGAGGGCCCGGUAGGUGGGGCAUCUUGGCCGGGGGCAGGGGAGGGGAAUGACAGCCCGGGUCACAGCCCCUGCUUUCAGAUGGUCCCUCUCUCCCACCAUCCCAGGCAGGAGGGCUGGGGUCUCUCCUGUUUGCCCCUUCUGGGCUGGGGUGUGGAUGGGGAGAGGGUGCUGCCAGCAGCUGGCCAUAGCCCUCCUCCCUGGCUGCCCCAUGGGCCGGGGCUCUGGCCUGCUGGAUUAAAGCCGUGAGAUGUCA